AUGGAUGCCAUUCUUUACCUAGACACCAUUUUAGUUCCUAUGAGUCUCUUCAUUACAAUAGGCUACCAUGCAUAUCUUUGGCAUAACUUGAAGCACAAACCAGCCUUAACAUCCAUUGGCAUGAACUCAUUAAAAAGAAGGGCAUGGUUGAAAGAACUAAAUCAGGGAGAUGAUAAAAAGGGCAUGUUAGCAGUCCAAAGCUUGAGAAACACAUUGAUGGCCACUAUUCUUACAGCUUCAAUCACAAUUAUCAUCACAAUCUCCUUAGCAGCUUUCACAAACAACGCGUUGAAAGCUAACAAUCUCUUUAGCAGUAACUUUUUCGGGUCUAAAUCGGGUAGGAUUUUCGUGCUAAAGUUUGGCUCAUCUUCAAUCUUUCUGUUGGCAAGUUUCUUGUGUAGCUCUAUUGCUCUAGGCUGUUUGGUAGAUGCCAAUUACUUGAUAAAUACAAUAGGGGAAUUCUCACCUGCUCCAGGAUACACAGAGACUAUAUUGGAGAGAGGUUUUAUAUUGGCUGUGGUGGGAAAUAGGGCUCUUUGCAUCAGUAUCCCCUUGCUGUUGUGGUUGUUUGGCCCCGUGUCCGUGGCUUUGUCCUCCGUGGGACUCGUUUGGGGACUCUAUGCGCUUGAUUUUGUCGGAAAAAUCUCAAGUCUUACCGACUAA